UCUGUUUUUAUUUCUUGUUAUUUGUUUCUUUUUCUUAUUUAGAAAACGUUAUUGCCUGGAGAGUUCGUGUUCUCGCGAGAACAUAGUCCAACCAGGCGAAUGGAAAGUUAAAUCCCGUGCCUCACAAUCUCGCCCAUCCUGAUCUCGCGAUAAGAACGAUGGCGAAGUCAAGCGACGCAUGAAGUUUGAUAGCUUAGCGCUGAGAAAACGCGAUUCUGUGAACAGGAGCUGGAUUUGUCUUGAGAAGAAAAUACAGAAUGCGGUUCAAAACCUCCCUGCUGAAAGAGCCAAAGCAUAAAGAACUGGUCAGUUGUGUGGGCUGGAUUACAGCUGAUGAAGUUUACUCCUGUAGUGAAGACCAUCAGAUUUUAAAAUGGAACCUGCUCACGAACGAGACCAGCGUGGUGGUGAAGCUCCAGGAGGACAUCUAUCCUAUCGACUUACACUGGUUUCCCAAGACUAUAGCUGGGAAGAAGCAAGCUUUGGCAGAGAUCUUUGCUCUCACCAGUACUGAUGGUAAGUUCCACUUGUUGUCUAAGACGGGACGCAUUGAAAAGAGCGUAGAAGCCCAUCGAGGAGCCGUGCUGGCAAGUCGCUGGAACUACGACGGAACUGCUCUCAUUACAGCUGGUGAGGACGGACAAAUCAAGAUCUGGUCGAAAAGCGGGAUGCUGAGGUCUACUUUGGCCCAACAAGGAUGUCCCGUGUACUCCGUGGCUUGGGCUCCAGAUUCCGACAGAAUACUUUACACAUUUGGCCGACAGCUCGUCAUCAAACCCCUGCAGCCGAGCUCCAAAUCUCUGCAGUGGAAGGCUCAUGACGGCAUUAUUCUAAAGGUGGACUGGAAUUCUGUAAAUGAUCUGAUUUUGUCUGGAGGUGAAGACUGCAAAUGUAAGGUGUGGGACAGCUAUGGGAGGCCUCUGUACUCAACUGCUCCCCACGACUACCCUGUCACCUCGGUGGCUUGGGCUCCUGAUGGCGAGGUGUUCGCUAUGGGCUCCUUCAACACCCUCCGACUGUGCGACAAGACCGGGUGGUCAUAUGCUCUGGAGAAGCCGAACACUGGCAGCUUGUUCAGCCUGGCCUGGUCUGCUGAUGGCACUCAGCUAGCAGGAGCCUGUGGGAAUGGCCAGGUCAUCUUCGCUCACAUCGUGGAGCAGCGAUGGGAGUGGAAGAACUUUGAGAUCACGCUCACUAAAAGACGGACGAUGCAGGUAAGGAACGUUCUGAAUGAAGCAGUGGACACGCUGGAGUUCAGGGAUCGAGUAAUCAAAGCGUCCUUAUCUCAUGGUCACUUGGUUGUAGCCACAGCUCUGCAGUGUUUAGUCUACAGCUCCAAAAACUGGAACACGCCACUGAUAUUUGACUUGAAGGAAGCCACAGUCAGCCUGAUCCUCCAAGCCGAGAGGCAUUUCCUAUUGGUGGAUGGAGGAGGCAUCAAUGUGUAUUCCUAUGAAGGCCGUCUGGUUUCCACUCCCAAGUUUCCAAGCAUGAGGACAGAUAUUCUGAACACAAAGACCGUCUCACUGAGCAACGAUACCAUCGCGGUACGAGACAAGACCGAUGAGAAAGUCAUCUAUUUGUUUGAUGCUCAAACGGGAAAAAGCAUUGCGGAUGGCAAGCCUUUGAUCCACAAGAUGGAUGUCAUGGAAAUUGCCCUCGACCAUUGCGGACCCUCAAAUGACAGGAAGAUCGCCUUGAUUGACAAGAACAACGACCUCUAUCUGACCUCUGUGCGCAGGCUGGGCAAAGAGCAGAGCAUGCACAAGAUUGGCUCUAUGGUUCACACUAUAGCCUGGAAUGACUCAGCCAACAUCUUGUGUGGAAUCCAAGACACCCAGUUCACUGUGUGGUACUACCCCAGUGUUGUGUUUGUAGACAAGGACCUGCUACCCAACACACUCUUCACCAAGGAUGGCAGUGAGUUCAGCAGCACUCCACAUAUCCUCAACUACACAGGCACACAGGUGACCCUAAGGCGAUCCGAUGGCUCGUUGGUGUACAGCGUUAUGCCACCCUAUGCCACCAUGCUGCACGAGUACACAGGCUCCGCCCGCUGGGAGGAAGCCCUCUGUUUGUGCCACUUCGCCAAGGACCAGGCCUUGUGGGCGUGUCUGGCUGGCAUGGCCAUGGCUAACAGAGAGCUUAACACAGCCGAGACAGCUUAUGCAGCCAUCCGAGAGGUGGAUAAAGUGCAGUAUAUAAAAUUUAUAAAGGAUUUGCCCUCUAAGGAAUCCUCCUUGGCUCAUACACUGCUUUUCAGUGGACAAGUACAAGAAGCUGAAGCUACAUUACUGCAAGCAGGCCUCAUAUACCAGGCGAUUCAGGUCCAUAUUGACCUCUUCAACUGGGACAGAGCUUUGGAACUGGCAGUGAAGCACAAAACCCACGUGGACACGGUCCUCGCUUACAGACAGAAGUUCCUGCAAAACUUUCGCAAGGAAGAAACCAACAAGCAUUUCCUGCAGUACUCUGAAGGGGUGGAGGUGGAUUGGGAGAAGAUCCAGUCCAAGAUUGAGAUGGAGCUAGCCAAAGAAAGAGAGCGAGCUGCCAACUCUUCUGUCAGGAGCAGCGUGGCGUCUCACCGCUGAAAAACAGACCUUCCCCGGUAAAACUCCACAGGACCCUCGCUUUUACUCCUGACCUCAGAUGGAGCUUCGGAUAAGUAAACUUUUGAGUAACCCGCCAGUUAUCCGUGUCCUCUCCUUAUUCCGCGGGUUCUUUCGAGCACAUCGAUGCUUCAGUCAUUCAAAUCAGGGCGUAAUCGUGAAGCGCUGAAGUCUUUAUAAGAUGUUUUGUAUGCAAUUAUAUUUUUUUGUAGAAACUAAAGCCCUUAUUUAAUGAUGUUCAUACGCUAUUUAAUAAAUACACAUCGAAUCAA